AUGGGAUCAUCGACCUUUGAGAAGGUAUGCUCUCCGAGAUCCUUUGUUUUGUUUGUUCUGCUGAUUUCUUCACCGAAUAUAGUUGCUUUUGCCUCUUCCUUAAAUGAUGAAGCCGAUGCGCUUCUCAAAUGGAAAGCCACCCUCGAAAACGAAGCCCAGCCUCAACUAUCUUCAUGGACUUUCUUCCCUAACAAUGCCACUACUUCUUCUUCCAAUCCUAAUUCAAGCAGUACGAGUCCUCGUUCCUGGUUUGGCAUCGGCUGCAACUCCGCUGGAAAUGUCAUCGGAAUGAAUCUUAGUGGUUCAAGCUUAAGAGGUUCACUCGAUGCGUUUGCAUUCUCGUCAUUCCUUAAUCUCGAAUAUAUUGAUCUCAGUAUGAACUAUCUCUUUGGUACCAUCCCACCACAGAUCGGUAACCUCUCCAAACUUACCUAUCUUGAUCUGUCCACCAAUCAGUUCUCGGGGAAAAUCCCACCAAAUAUCGGUCUACUCACAAAUCUUCAGGUAUUGCGUCUGUUUAAAAAUCAGUUGAACAACUCAAUUCCUGAAGAAAUAAAUCAGUUGAAGUCCCUUGAUGAGCUUUCCUUACACAGCAACUCUUUACACGGACCCAUUCCUUUGUCUCUGGGUAAUUUAAGCAAAUUGGAGUACUUGUAUCUCUAUGACAACUCACUGUCUGGCUCUAUUCCUUUCGAGAUUGGAAACCUUUCCAACUUGGUUGAGCUCUGCAUACAUACCAAUAGUUUAACUGGUCCCAUUCCUCCUACUCUUGGAAACUUAAAAAGGUUAGUAUUGUUGGACUCGUCUUCCAACCAACUUUCAGGUCCCAUCCCUGCGGAUAUAGGGAAAAUGGAAUCUUUGAAGAACUUAACACUUGCACAAAACUACCUCGUUGGUCCUAUACCGACCUCAUUAUAUGGCCUAGAAAAUCUGACCUUCCUGUCUCUCUUCCAAAAUCAACUUUCUGGUCCCAUUCCAGAAGAGAUAGAAAACUUGAAGUCUCUUGUCUGUCUCCAGGUGAACGAAAAUCAACUCAAUGGUUCCCUUCCAACUUCAAUUGGUAACUUGAGCAAGUUAGAGAUUUUAAACAUUCGCAAAAACCAUUUCUCUGCUUCCAUUCCUCGAGAGGUAGAAAAACUCAUGAGGUUGACUGUAUUUCGAGUAGCUUGGAACCAAUUCACUGGUUAUUUGCCACAAAAUAUUUGCCAACACGGAUUGCUUCAAUAUUUUACUGCAAAUGGUAAUCACUUAAUAGGUUCGAUUCCAAAGAGCUUGAGAAACUGCUCGAGUUUAAUCAGAAUUCGUCUUGACCAAAACCAACUGACUGGAAAUAUAUCCGAAGUUUUUGGGGAAUAUCCGAAUUUGGAUUACAUAAACAUCAGCAACAAUACCUUUUAUGGUGAACUUUCACCAAAGUGGGGAAGGAGCUCACGGUUAACAAAUCUAGAAAUCUGGAGGAAUAACAUUACUGGUAGCAUACCACCGGAGCUUGGAAACUCAAGUGAACUACAUCUAGUUGAUCUUUCUUCAAAUAGCUUAGUAGGGGAGAUCCCGAAGGAAUUUGGAAGGUUGACUUCUUUGGUGAAGCUUACCUUAAGCAACAAUCAACUUUCAGGCAAUAUUCCUGCAGAGCUAGGGUCCCUGACAAACCUUGAGUUUCUCGAUCUCUCCAUGAACAAAUUGAGCACGUCAAUUUCAGGAUGCGUAGGGAGCUUCUUGCAACUGCAUUACAUGAAUUUAAGCCACAACGAGUUUAGCGGUGAAAUUCCAACUGAGAUGGGCACGUUGGUUCAGCUUUCGGUGCUAGAUCUAAGUCAUAACCAUCUCACGGGUGAAAUACCAAUGGAGUUUGGGAACUUGCAAAGCUUGCUGACAAUGAAUAUAUCCAACAACAACCUCUCUGGCAUUCUUCCCAGGGCUUUUGAGGAACUGCAUGGCUUGCUUUAUGUCAACAUUGCAAACAAUCAAUUCUGUGGUCCCAUUCCCAACAACACAGCAUUUCUAGAUGCUCCGAGUGAAGCAAUAUCAGAGGGGAACAAAGGCUUUACUAUUGGUACUUUUGUUUGCAUUAUUGGGAUUGUAUAUAAGAAAAAGGAGAAACUCGCAAAAAACACGGGAUGA